AUGAGGACAAUGAACUCUACAAUGUUUCUAUAUAGUGUACAAGAAAGAUAUGCAGAUGCUUUUGCUAAAAAUUUCACCACUGUUCUUCUUGCAGUCAUAAUUCUGUCCAUUAAUGGAGUGUUUGUAUUGACAUUUUUCAGGAGUUCAAUUUUCUACAAUAAUCCAAGAUACAUAUUAUACAUUCACUUGGUUAUCAAUGAUAUGCUCAUGGUUUUUUUCACUGUAAUUCUUUUUGUGAUGGCUUAUGUAUGGCAAAAUGUCCCUCUCCCGUUCUGUGUUACACUGCUAAUAAUAGCCUCAACAACUCAUAAGAACACUCCUCUGACUUUGGCCGGUAUGGCCAUUGAGCGUUACAUCGCAAUCUGCAAACCACUGCAUCAUCAUCAGAUUUGCACAGUGCGCAGGACAUGCAUCCUUAUCUCUCUGAUUUGGGGUGUAGGAGUUAUACCUGGAUUAGCUGACUUGAUUCUCCUUUUAAUUGUUCGUCCUUUAUCUACUUCUUCAAAAGUUACUUCUUGUGGUGCAUCAAUUCUGUACAGCACAGCAUACCAUGAAGUACAGUCCAGAUUUAUAAAUGGCCUUUACUCAUCUGUUGUGUGGGUAAUUCUUGUAUUCACAUAUUGUCGAGUGCUUAUUGCGGCCAGGAGAUCCACCACUGAUAAAUCCUCAGCAAAAAAGGCCCAAAGCACCAUCCUGUUACAUGGAGUACAGCUUCUGCUCUGUAUGUUGUCCUACAUUACUGCUGUCAUAGACAAGAUGUUUAUCCCACUUCUUCCAGUUGACCGGGCAAGACUAACCUUUUUAAAUUAUCUUCUAACAAACAUUUUGCCACGACUACUUACUCCCCUGAUUUAUGGUGUUCGAGAUAAGCAUUUUUACAAACACAUGAAGGAACUUUUUUCAUACAGAUUAUUCAUUGUAAAAGUUGAAUCAAUCAAAAAUGAGCAAAAAAGGACAACCAGGCAUUCAGAUGUUUCAUAA